CAUACAGCACAGGCAGUGUAACUGACGAGCAUUUCCCAGCCGUUUUGGGUUGCAACGUUAGCGCCCGUGUUCUCGCGCUGGCUCUCUGUAACCCAGCGCGCUAGUUCCUGACACGAAAUGGCUGACACCGUUGUACGUCAGCUGUCGGCUGCGGCGCGGACGGCGGUACUUGCGGCGGCGCUACUGCUGCUGCUGGGACUGGCACCGGCACCGCUGCUGCAGCGCGGCGGCGGCGGCGGCGGCUCGCCGUGCCGCUGGGCUCUGGGGGUGUCGGCGGAGCAGACCGACCGACAGGUCAACAGCGACGGGUCCCUGUUUGCGGCGCUGACCAACCCGGCCAUCCGCUCCAUUGGUGUCGCCCACAGCGGGGCCAGCCUGGCCCCCUACGCGCAGGCGCUAUACAAUGCGGUGGCCUCCCACGGGCCGCUCCAGCUCAACCGCAGCCUCACGCUGUACGGCGCCACCGCGGGGGCGUCACUGGACUUCGCCUACGUGGCGGGGGUGGUGCGGCUGGCGCCCGCGACCACCCUCACACUCAAGGGCCUGCAGCUGUACCGCGCCCAGGCCCUGCGCGCGCCGCUGGGUCUGCUGGCCACCAGCCCCGGCGCCAGUGUGGUGAUCCAGGACUGCACCAACAACCAGCAGGUGUGCUGGCCGCACGAGGCCGCCCAGGCCUACUUCCUGCGGGUAUUCGCGCGCCCCUUCCCCGGCAGCCAGCAGGCGGCCCUGUGCGCUCCCGGCAGCGAGGCCACCUGCCGCACCUACACCUUCACAGACAUCGGCUUCUUCGUCAACCCCUCGCCCGAGUUCGGCACCGGCGGCUACACCCUGCGCUACCUCAACACCCUCAUCGCCUGCCAGGCCUACCCCGACCCGGUGCCCACCUGCCCCUCCCUGGCCGCCGACAUCACCCAGCCCCCGCCCGCGCCCUACACCUGCCUGGCCUCCGUGUACGACCCCGCCAGCCAGCGGGCGCUGUGCCCCACAUGCGCCUGCAUCAACGGCUGCCGGCGCGGCUGCGACGCGGCUGGGCUGUCGGGCCCCACUACCGCCGCGUGCUGAGGGAGCGAGCGACAAGGCGUGGCGUCGCGUUGGCUUGCCCCUUCCCCCGAAGGGGGAGGGGCAAUAGCCAUUGCGGUCGCAUCGAGCUCGCCGCGGGGGGCCCUCCCGGUUAUUCCAGUUUUGACUUGAGUUAUAACCUUGAAACCCGAGCGCAGCGAAAUUUGUCGUGCAAAUAAUGCGCCUUUCUAUGUAUGUAUUGCAAAGCGCAACAUUAUGAAAACGCAAGCCCUAUGCCAGAGCGGGGUAAACGCACAAGCGCAGCGUUUGCAUUAGAGCUCCAGCGCAACAUACAAUAUAUCACAAAUUGUAUCGAUAAUCAAGGCUCCCGGCACGGAAGGACGCAAGACGGAGGAAUCGACGCGUUGGAGGAUCCUGGAAAUUGCGCGCGAAAGCGCGAGGCGCAAAAGGUUGGCGCUAUCUGUUUUAGUUUCCCCGUAAUGACGAAUG